AAAAAUCCCGAUGUUUGUUGUCAUUACGCUCUACAUUUACUUUCAGAUGAAGCUUUAAUACACAAUAAAACUACCAGGGGCUGGUUCGGAUAUAAUCAAGAUAAAUGACUGAACCGGUUUGUUUUAUUCACAGUAAAAGCCAGUUCUACUAAUUCUAGCAGCAAAUCUUCUAUAUGAGUUUGAUCUUAUAUCUGUGUUGGCUGUAGACCAAAGGUGACCCAUAUGGACCCCACGUCCAAAUCUGGGUUGAAUCAGGUGUCAGAUGUGGUGUUUGUCAUUGAAGGAACUGCAAACCUUGGUCCAUAUUUUGAAUCACUUCGGAAUAAUUACAUACUGCCUACUAUAGAGUAUUUUAAUGGAGGACCACCGGCUGAAACUGAUUUUGGAGGAGAUUAUGGUGGCACUCAGUAUGGACUGGUGGUAUUCAACACAGUGGAUUGUGCUCCAGAGUCAUAUGUCCAGUGCCAUGCUCCAACCAGCUCUGCCUUCGAGUUUGUGUCUUGGAUUGACAGCAUUCAGUUCAUGGGAGGUGGAGCAGAGAGCUGCAGUCUUAUAGCUGAGGGUCUUUCUGUGGCCCUGCAGCUCUUUGACGACUUCAAAAAGAUGAGGGAGCAAAUUGGUCAGACCCACAAGGUGUGUGUACUGCUCUGUAAUUCUCCUCCAUACUUGCUGCCAGCUGUGGAGAGUGUCAGCUAUACGGGCUGCACCGCAGACAGUCUGGUCCAGAUCAUCCGGGAUCGGGGGAUUCAUUUUUCUGUAAUUGCCCCACGGAAACUUCCGGCACUUCGAUCUCUUUUUGAACGAGCAUCAUCAGUAGCAGGUCCACCAGAGUCUUCACACCCAGACUACAGUCAAGACCCCUUUCACAUGGUAUUAGUUAGGGGUAUUGCACUUCCUGUUGCUCCAGGAGGAGGUUCUGUUCCCGUCUCUCUCAAACCUGUCUUGCCACCUCAGUCUCUGCCAGUGAACCAGAAUCCUCUGGUGCCUGUAGCUUCGACAGCUCCUCAAAUGAACACAUUUCAGAAUGUCUCUCUACACGCGGCACAUGAUGCAGCACAGAAGGCACUAGAAGAAGCCGCCAAUCAGCAACAGAAGAAUAGAUUUGGUCAAAUAUCGACUCCUCCCUUCAGUCAAUCACCGGUUCUCCCACCAGGAGGUAAACCCAGCCUGUCUACAGUUACCACAGUGUCACCGCCAGUGUUGACGCAGCAGCAGGUUCCACCUCAGCAGCCACAGCAGCAGACACAAGUCCCACAACCAGGCCUGCCUGCAGUAAACCAACAGCCUCCUCAAGCUUCUCAGCAGCAGCCCAACAAUCAGCAGACGCCGCCGCCAACACAGCCUGGCAUGGCUGCUGUACCUGCACCUCCGCCUGGGGCACAGCAAGGUGUUGCCAACAAGGUUGUGGCAUGGAGUGGAGUUCUAGAAUGGCAGGAGAAGCCCAAGGCCUCCUCCAUGGACUCCAACACAAAACUUACACGCUCCCUGCCCUGCCAGGUCCAAGUCAGCCAAGGAGAGAAUCUAAACACAGACCAGUGGCCACAGAAGCUGAUCAUGCAGCUCAUCCCUCAACAGCUCCUGACCACUCUAGGCCCUCUGUUCAGGAACUCUCGUAUGGUGCAGUUUCUGUUCACUAACAAAGAUAUGGAGUCUUUAAAAGGACUGUUUCGUAUUAUGACCAGUGGAUUUGCUGGAUGUGUGCACUUCCCCCACAGUGCUCCGUGUGAGGUGCGUGUGCUGAUGCUGCUGUACUCAUCUAGGAAGAGGAUCUUCAUGGGACUCAUUCCUAAUGACCAGAGUGGAUUCGUCAACGGCAUUCGGCAGGUCAUCACUAACCAUAAACAAGUGCAACAGCAACGCUCGAUGCAACCUGGACAGGUGCAGCCCAAUCAGAACUUCCUCAACAGACCGCCGGGCCCCAUUCCUGUUACACAUGGCAACGUGCCACAGCAGCUGAGAGCAGCCGCAACAGGCAAUCAGCAGGCGCCGGUCACUGGUGCUCCACCCAAUCAGGUCCAAGGUCAAGCUCAGGCUCCUGGUGGAGGCAUGCUCCGCCUCCAGAACCCAGGCGCAAACCCCCAGCUCCGCAGUCUGCUCCUCAGCCAGCAACCUCAGGGUGGUAUGCAAGGCAUGCAGGGGAUGCAUCCUAUCCAGCAGAUGGUCCAUGCAGCACCAGGAGGGGGCGCUCAGAUGCAGCCUCAGUGGAGACAGCCUCACCAGGGUCCACUAAUGGUCCCGACGGGUCCACGUGGUCCAGUCACACAGAAUCCAGGGAUGCCUUCGGUGUCGAGCGUCAUGGAGGAUGAAAUUCUUAUGGAUCUAAUCUAAGGACUGUUUUCCCAUCAUUCUUUGCUUCAGAGGUUUAAUUACGGAAUAUGAAAGUCAUCAUCUUUUUUACUUUUUGUUAGAAGAAAGCGUGUAGGGGAAGAAGGACUUUAUUUUCAUACUCAAGUAUUCGUUGAUGCUUUUACACACAAACUUAUCACCGUAUCAUGUAAGCGGUUCAUAUGGAGGAACUGGAGGAAAAGACAUUUACAAAAAAUUAGGUUCCACUUUGAAGACUCAACUACUCCUCCCAUUCAUAAAUGAAUGAAUCAAAUCCGGUUACUACUGUAUUUUUAUGAGCAUUUUACUUUCUUUCGGUUUUACUUUUUUUAUUAUUUGUCUUUGAGAUCUAGCAUGUUGUUUUAUGAAAAUUAAAUAAAGUUAAUUUUCUCAA